UGCUAGAAUCUUGUGUAUUAACCCUGGAGGGCAGGCAGGUCGUGAGUUGCAAGUUGCAACCGCUGCACUCGCCAGCGGACGGUGGCCUCGCCGUCGUCGUUUCUCCCCGUUGGCAUGGGCCUUUUUGGGCCCAGACAUAUUGGCCCGGCCUUGGCCCAUCUAACCAGCCCACCGCGUUGGGCCGGAGAUUCCCGGCCCACUCUGCAGAAGAGCACGGCUCGAAAUCGCGCGAAAAUCCACAGCGCCCGCGCGGGCGGCGGCGCACGAACGGCGGCGAGCCGGCGACCAGAUGCCCCUCCGAUGAGCGAGGCGAUCCCGUCCACCCGCCCGGCGCUGCGCCACUGCGUCGCGCUCCUCCGCCUCCACCUCGCCGCGCCAUCCCUCGCCGCCGCCAAGCAGAUCCACGCGCGGGCGCUCCGGGCCGGGGUGCCCACCUCCCACCCGCUCCUCGCCAAGCACCUCCUCUUCCACCUCGCCGCCCUCCGCGCGCCGCCGCUCCGCUACGCCGUCGCGGUACUCUCCCGCCUCCUCCCGCACGGGCCACUAGACCCGUUCCCCCUCAACACCGUGCUCCGCAUCGCCGCGGGCUCGCCCCGCCCGCGCGUCGCGCUCGAGCUCCACCGCCGCCGCCUCGCGCUGCCCGACACGCACACCUACCCGCCGCUGAUCCAGGCGUGCGCGCGCCUCCUCGCACUCCGUGAAGGGGAGUGCCUCCAUGCUGAGGCCGCCAAGAACGGCUUCGUCACGCUCGUCUUCGUCCAGAACUCGCUCGUCCACCUUUAUGGCGCGUGCGGCCUGUUCGAGAGCGCGCAUAAGGUGUUCGACGAAAUGCCGGUGCGUGGGCGGAACCUUGUCUCGUGGAAUUCGAUGCUUAACAGCUUUGCGGCCAACGGGCGACCUAACGAGGUUCUCACUGUCUUCUGGGAGAUGUUGGGCGUUGACUUUGCGCCAGAUGGAUUCACCAUAGUCAGUGUUCUAACCGCUUGUGCGGAGUUUGGGGCGCUUGCUCUUGGGAGGAGGGUUCAUGUGUAUGUGGAAAAGGUUGGGUUGGUUGAAAAUUCGCAUGUGAGCAAUGCCCUGAUUGAUCUGUAUGCCAAGUGUGGUAGUGUCAACGAUGCAAGGAGGAUAUUUGAGGAGAUGGGGUUGGGGAGGACCGUCGUCUCUUGGACGUCGUUGAUCGUAGGGCUGGCAGCGAAUGGGUUUGGGAAGGAGGCACUUGAGCUUUUCAGUCUAAUGGAGAGGGAGAAGUUAGUGCCAACUGAAAUUACUAUGGUAGGAGUUUUGUAUGCAUGUAGCCACUGUGGAUUGGUUGAUGAUGGAUUUAGGUAUUUCGAUAGGAUGAAGGAGGAUUAUGGCAUUUCACCGAGGAUUGAGCAUCUUGGAUGUAUGGUGGACCUGUUGGGGAGAGCAGGAAGAGUUGAGGAGGCUUACGAUUAUAUCAUCACAAUGCCAUUGGAGCCAAAUGCUGUGGUAUGGAGGACCUUGCUGGGUUCUUGUGCUAUGCACAAGAAGCUGGAACUAGGGAAGGUUGCUUGGGAACGGUUGGUUGAGCUUGACCCUGGGCACAGUGGAGACUAUGUGCUCCUCUCCAACCUUUAUGCUGCUGUUGGGAUGUGGGCAGAUGUUCAUGUGCUUAGGAAGACAAUGGUAAAAGAUAGAGUGAGGAAAAACCCUGGGCAUAGUCUCGUUGAGCUCCGAAACUCUGUAUAUGAAUUUGUUAUGGGAGACAGGUCACAUCCUGAGAGUGAGCAGAUAUAUGAAAUGCUGGCUGAGAUAGCUGAGAGAUUGAGGCGAGAAGGUUACAUCCCUCGCACAAGUAACGUAUUGGCAGAUAUAGAGGAGGAAGAGAAAGAGACCGCCUUAAACUACCAUAGUGAGAGGCUAGCCAUUGCAUUUGCCUUGCUGAAGUCUCUUCCAGGCAUUCCUAUCAGGAUAAUAAAGAACUUGAGGAUGUGUGGGGACUGUCAUGUUGCAUUUAAUCUAAUAUCAAAAGUUUAUGAUCGUGAAAUCAUUGUCAGGGAUCGAAGUAGGUUCCAUCAUUUCCAAGGGGGGGCAUGUUCGUGCAAAGAUUAUUGGUAGUUGAUUCAUGUAAAGAUUGACAGUGAUAAAAGCGUGGUUUAUGAGGUUCCAUGCCAAUCAGAUAACUGGUGCUGAGUUCUUGUUGCAUAACAUGUUCUGUAGCAUCAUCAUAUAUUGAUAGUACAACCUUGACGAUGGACACUGAACACUACCUGAUGGUACAAGUGAGAAAACUACAAAGAUAUGAGGCAUGUUAUGCAGACGACCCAGCAAUUAUUUUGUUGAUAUGCUUAUAAGGUACCAGUACAAGCGAGAAAACUACAGAGACAUGAGGCAUGUUAUGCGGACGACCCCCAAUUAUUGUGUUGAUAUGCUUAUAAG